AUGCGCGGCGUCGGCAGUGGCGGGGGGGGGAGAGGAGGAGCUGGUGCCGGCCGCGCCUGCGCCCGGUGGGGACACGAGCGGUGCCGGCCGCGCCUGCGCCCUGUGGGGACACGAGCGGUGCCGGCCGCGCCUGCGCCCUGUGGGGACACGAGCGGUGCCGGCCGCGCCUGCGCCCUGUGGGGACACGAGCGGUGCCGGCCGCGCCUGCGCACUGUGGGGACACGAGCGGUGCCGGCCGCGCCUGCGCCCUUCUGCGGCCGCCAGAGGGAGCGCGUUGCCCGGCCACAGCUGGCUGCUCUCCCCGGGAGCCCGGACUCCUCCCUGUCCCGUCCACAGCCGCAUCCACAGUCCGGGACGUGGAGCCGGGAGCCCAGCCCAGAUCAGCCGCUGCUGCUACUACUGCCCCGACCGUGUUGCGAAGGAGAUCAGGACCCGGUGACCAUGGCAACACCCACCGCUCCACCGAGCUACGAGGAGGCCGUCGACCCACUGUACCCACCCCGACAUGGGGGGCCGGGCUACGAUGUUCCUGGACCCUACCCCCCCGGCAUGGGCCCCGCCUACCCACCCGGGGAAACCCCUCCCUACCCCCCCGCUGGCAACAGUGGCUACCCCCCCACCAUGUUCCCCCCUGCUGGACCACCCAUGAUGCCAACAUUACCCCUCAACCCAACAUGGCCGGGGGCUGGCAACG